AAAAGCAUGGAGGCUGAAGUUGUUAUGGCUAAAAGAGGCUGCUGUAUUUUUGUGCUCUGAGCCAAAUAUCACCUUUGCUAGCGCAUUGCCUUUCUUGAGAAGAGCUUAGGCCAUUUAACUAUUUUCCCAAGUGACAGAUUCCAGAACUCGGCGUUUUGGGCGGCUCGAGCCGGAGCAGCAGCGAUGGAGUGGUUCGGGACUGGAAACUCCCCCAUGUUUCCCGAAGAAGAAGAGGGCUGCAGUGCCUCCGCCUCUCCUGUGCCAAGUAGCUUUCACAGCUCCUCACUGAAGGAGGUUGCCGGUGCAGAGUCCAUGGCGUCCCUGUGCCAGAGCCAGCAGCAGUGUGUGAAGGCCUCCAUCGUCUCCAGAUGGCAGCUGGUGGAGGCUCAGGACCAGCUGUGUGGGCUGGAGCUGCACGGCUCCGAGAGCGCAGAGCAGGAGCGCGCCCGCGCUGUCGCCAGCCAAUCAGAGCUCUCGCAGACUGAACAGGAGUGGCGCCGGAAGGAGAGCAUGCUGGGAGGCAGCAGGAGCCCCGUGCUCAGCUCUGACAGCAGCCGGGACAUGUUUGACAAGAGUAUUAUUAAUAGUAAAAACUUUGAAUUGGAGGAUCACGACAAGAGCAAAACCUUUGUUCAGAAGUACGAAAAAGAAUUGAGACAUUUCGGCAUGUUGCGGAGGUGGGAUGACAGCCAGCGCUUCCUGUCUGACCUGCACCACCUCAUCUGUGAGGAGACGGCCAACUAUCUGAUCCUCUGGUGCUUCAGACUUCAGGCUGAAGAGAAAGAGGCGUUGAUGGAGCAGGUAGCUCACCAGGCUGUUGCUAUGCAGUUUAUCCUGGAGAUGGCCAGCACCUCCCAGCAGGAUCCCAGAGGCUGCUUCCGUCAGUUCUUCAACAAAGCUAAAGCAGGACAAGAGGGGUACUUAAACGUCUUCCAUACUGAGCUAGAGGCCUUUAAGCAGAGAGUAAAAGAGUACACUGUCAAGUUCAAAGGAGCGACACUCUCCGACACACAACACCAGAGCAGUACAGCACGCUGUCGUCUGGAUCCCAAAGAGGUUCUAGAAUCUUUACCCCCAGAACUGAAGGCAGGGUUCCAGCUGCAAGAUAUGCAGAUUCUCCAGAAUGUUCUCAGCACCAUGAAUCCACAGGUGGCAGAGUACCAUGUGAAGCGUUGUCUGGAGGCUGGCUUGUGGACUAACAAAGAAGGGAGAUGGUCCAAGGAGGAAGUUACUUGCGAAACAGACGACCUGCGCAUGAUGGAGACAUAACGACUGUGGAGCAAGCUCCCCGCCCCCCCGUCCCCCCGUCCCCCCAAAUCAUCUCACCUCUAGGAAUUGAUUCUCUCUCAAUAGGAAUAUUACAAAAUGGAGGAGAAGGGCUGAGCUCUCCACAGACUUAUUUUUGUAUGCAACAGAAUCUGCGCCUGAAUGUGUACUGCACUUUAUAUUUGUUCAAAACAGAAAACUAUUUAAAGAAGGCGAGUGGUAGGUAUUUUUAGGCACUUAACGUACGUUUUCUCAUAUAGCUAGAGUAUCUCUUUUCAUGUCAUAUCUUGAUUGUUUUAGCAGUGAGCACUUGCUUUGGAAUUAAGUCAUCUUUACACAGGAAUCUAGAAGAGCUACUUCAGAAACUUUAGAGAAUUUUUUUUGUUUAUAUAUAUUUUUGGUAUUCUUGUGACUCCGUUUAUCAAACUUUGGCGUGUGAAGAAGGGAGUUUUUAACAGUUCAUCUACAGUAGGCUUCACUGGACUCACAGGUAGGUAGCCAAGUGGUUAAGAGAGUUUAGCCAGUAACAGAAAAAUCUGCCAUUCUGCCCUUGAGCAAAGUAGUUAACCCCCAACAAUAACUACUGUUCCCCGGGCGCCGACUACGUCGAUUAAGGGUGCCCCCCACGCCUCUGAUUCAGAGGGUUUGGGUUAAAAGCGGGAGACACAUUACAGUUUAAUGCAUUCAGUUGUGCAACAGGGGGAAAACCUGAGCAUUACAAUCAAACCCGCUCUUGUAAAUAAAAGUGCACGUUGUUUUGCUUGAAGAAACAAGAGGCCUGAUCCUGGAGUCCUAUUUCUGCAGUGGACGUCUCUAACGUUCUGUCCAACACCACUGAGCGUUGGACAGUAUGUGGUUAAAACUGUCAUAGAAACCUGCAAAAGCUCAGGGCCCAUAUUCACAAAGUGUCUCAGAAUAGGAGUGCUAGUCAAGGACCCCCCCCGGGUUAUUCAUUAUGGUUUAAAAGGCUAAACUGAUCUCAGAUCAGCACUCCUACUCUGAGACUGUGGAGAAGGGCCCUGUGCUCCUUUCAACCCCAGUGUGUGUCCACUUCGUCGUCAUUAGGCCAACAUUUAAUGCCAAUAUACUACCACUGUGUAGCUAUGACGACUUCACUAUGCAAAGCAAUGAGUUGGCUGUUAUUACUUUUAUUUUUGUUACUACUGGUCACUCCUCCUCAACCAACACUCCCAAAAAUUUUGUAUUUCUCUGUCCAUCACAUAAGAAUAGGAUUCUCAACACAUCAGUGUAUGGCUGUUAAACUCAACUGCACACAUAAUUGAUUGUGAAACUGAAACAAACUGUAAAACUUCCUCUGGCUGACAUAACGUGAUAACAUCUUGUACUAUUCUCUGCAUCUGUGCUCUGUUUUGAAAUAGUACAGCUUUAAAACAACUGUGCAGGGUAAAUAGCUGUGAUACAUUAGGUCUACCUGACCACAUUUGAGACAUUCUGCAAAAGUCUAAUGAAAUAAAUGGAAAGCUGUUUGUUGCUUUUAA